AUGUAUUUGCAGGUUGAAAGAGAGAGAAAUUUACUUAAUUCUAAGUUAGCCGAGUUUGAGGCCCUUCUUCAUAAGCCAUAUGUAAAACCAGCAAAUCGUGCUCCUGGCAACCAAAGCUCAUUUUCGGGGACUAAUUCUCUUUCAAAUCUACCAAAUGCUCAAAUUAAUACUCCUUCAUUGUCAAGUUUUAGCCAGUUGGGUGCAUCAUUUAAUAUGGGAUUUGGUGCUAGGCCCUCUAAUCCACCUAAUAGUGUAUUUGGUCAGCCAGUUCAAUUCUCAAGCCCCCUGCAAAACUUGAGUGCAUUUGGAAUGACCAAUUUUCCAUCAACAAGUGUUGUUGCAGUUGGAGGUGCGUUCUUGAAUCAUUGUAGAAGUAUAUGUGUUUAAACUUUUUUAUCAGAUCCUUCGAAUGAUCAUUUAGCUUUCUUGAAUAGAGUCUGGUUGCCUCAAACAACCAACCCAAUUUUUUAAUCAUGAACCCAAUUUUUGUCUCAUCAAAUUCGAC